AAAAAUUUCCCCAAUUUUCAUCAUCUGUAAAGCAUAGAUUCUCAACGCCUGGUGGUGUUUCGGAACGAUGAGGCUGCCGACGUAUGCGGGGUUUAGUUUAACUCUUACUAUAGCGGUUAUUUACCAUGCUUUUAGUAGUAGAAACCAAUUUUAUCCUGCUAUGGUUUAUUUAUCAACUUCCAAGAUCAAUUUGGCGCUUCUUCUGAAUAUGGGUUUUGUGGUAAUGUGCAUUUUGUGGCAAAUGAUCAAACGGUUAUUCCUUGGCAAGCUCCGGGAAGUGGAGGUUGAGAGGUUGAAUGAGCAGUCUAGGAGGGAGAUCAUGGAGAUUCUGUUUGCAAUUACUAUAUUUCGGCAGGACUUUUCAGUUUCAUUCCUUGCUAUGGUUACUACAUUGUUGUUGAUCAAAGCUUUGCAUUGGUUGGCUCAGAAGAGGGUGGAGUACAUUGAAACGACCCCAACUGUCCCGAUGUUGUCUCAUGUUCGGAUUGUUUCAUUUAUGGGUUUCCUCCUUCUUCUGGAUUCUCUUUUUUUGUAUAGUUCUGUUAAGUUUUUGAUACAAACACAAAAGGCUUCUGUUUCUCUCUUCUUUUCGUUUGAGUACAUGAUACUGGCAACAACGACGGUGUCAAUAUUUGUAAAAUAUAUUUUCUAUGUUAGUGACAUGCUUAUGGAAGGACAAUGGGAAAGAAAGGCUGUUUACACCUUCUACCUGGAACUUAUUCGUGACUUGCUUCAUUUGUCUAUGUACCUGUGUUUCUUUCUUGUGAUAUUUAUGAAUUAUGGUGUUCCACUGCACUUGAUACGAGAGCUUUAUGAGACAUUCAGGAACUUUAAGAUUCGUGUUGCUGAUUAUGUUCGUUAUCGGAAGAUUACUUCAAAUAUGAAUGAUCGAUUUCCAGAUGCUACCCCCGAAGAGCUUAAUGCAAAUGAUUCAACCUGCAUUAUAUGCCGUGAGGAGAUGACAACGGCCAAGAAAUUAGUUUGUGGACAUCUCUUUCAUGUUCAUUGCCUCCGCUCGUGGUUAGAGCGACAACAUACCUGUCCUACAUGCAGAGCUCUAGUUGUACCACCUGAUGGUGGGGCAAAUAGAGCUGGAGGACAUGGACCAGGACCAGAUGCUCAUCAGUCAGGUACAGGCACUUCAACAGCUGCACAGGGUUCAGCUGACAAUAACUUGAGCCAGCAGCAGGCCAGGCUUCAGGCCGCUGCCACUGCCGCUUCGAUAUAUGGGAAAUCCUUUGUUUAUCCAUCUCCAAACUCACUAGUGUGGUCUUCUGGAUAUGUUGUACUACCUCAGUCCUGUAGGCCUUUGGGUGAUGCCACCAAUGUGGAAUCUCCUGCAAAACAAGCUUCCGGUGGACAACAGCACUUUCAGAAUCUGGGUGCAUCUAUGUCCUUCCCCUUUGCUCAAUUUCCACAGGGGUUCAUCCCUUUUCAGUCACCUGGUGCUAAUGUGACAUAUGGAGAAAGAUUGGAAGCACAGAAGUUCAUCAAGCACCAGAUUGAGGUCUUGGAAGACCAGCUUCAACAACUACAAAAGUCAAAACCUGAGGUAAGUUCUGAGAAGGAUUCUUCUGAAUUAUCGGAUGGCAGAGGAAAGACUGUUGCUUCUUCUUCAUUCUCGGUUUCUGACUCCGGCCAUCAUAGUGAAAAAGAAGAGACAGCUUCAUAGUUUAUUGGCAGAAUUGCAGUUGCAUUACAGGGAGAGUUGAAGAGCUUAUAUGUAAAGCAAACAUAUCAGGGAACAAGAACAAAUAUUAGGGGUUUCUUCCAUGAAAAAUUAAAUUAUACGGGCAAAGUUGUAUUGGGUCAGAAUUUUUUUUUUUCGUAUACUGAACAGAGCCUGGAGCAAUUUCCAAUAUGUAAAAUUGUCAUUCGUCAUUAAUGUAGGAUGUGGAUUCGUUAGUGCUA